CCCCCCAUUCAGAAGAGCUCUUGUUUUCUUGUGGCGGCGGCUGCAAUACAGUGAUGUCAGGCUCACUUUUGAAGUGGCUACACCGUGCGUGCGUCGUUCAGGCCUAAGUAGACAUUGCAGCGCAAGCUUUGGAACUGGUUGAUGGCAUUGGAGGGAAAGUUUAGAGGGCUGUAAGCCAGCAGUUCAGCAAUGGACUGGUAAAUGCUUUCGCUGCUGUCUUCCGGCAACCUUGCAGCUUGACAGUCACAACCAACCAGGGGAAAGUUGCCAAAGCUUUGAACAGUGACAGACAAGGUUUGGCAACUGGAGCAUGCAGGAGCCCUUUCUGCGACCACCAAGAACUCAGAUGGAGCCUCCUCACUCAUCAGCCCCCGGAACACAGCCAACCGCGUCUGGACUUGGGGUCAGCUCCGAAAGACCGUCAGCUCGCGACACCGCCAUCGACGUUGGCCACCCCAACCAUCAUUGGAGAGCUGUGCACGCUGCCAUAGAUAACCUGUCGAGCAAGGGGAAGCAGGGACAGGGGUCUCGUUGGCCAGACUUCUUGAGGCCGCACGACCUGCACCCACGCAUCCAAGACCGACAGAGCUGGCGGCACAAGUUGGGGAAAGCCUUGGAGUCGGACUUUGCGCAUUUGACCAUCCUAGUUCUGAUCCUGGUCGAUGUGGUGGCAACGUCGGUGGACAUAGUGCUGACGCUCCAUACAAAAGCAAAUGACGUCAAGGAGUGCAGAUUGCUUCUGGAGGAGUGCUCUCAGCCGACACCUUGGGAGCCCCACAGUACGGAGCACGAGCCGCUCUUCUUCACCAGCACAGGAAUCCUGGGCCUCUUGUGCUUGAACCUACUUCUUCUACUCGUCGCCUUCGGUUUCAACUUUUUCCGACACCCCGGGUAUGUGCUAGACCUUGCGAUCAUCCCGACCGCCUUGUUUCUAGAGAUCUUUCUGGACAGCGAAGUGCUUGCGUUGCUGGUGAUCCUGAAUCUUUGGCGGCUGAUUAGAGUAGCGCACGGUGUUUUCACAGUGACGGAUGACGCGAUUGAGGAAGAAGUAGAGCAACUGAAGCGGAGUGUUGAGGUUCUGCAAAGGCAGUCUGACAAGUCGAAGGAGGACCUUGAGACGAGCAAGGCCAGAAUUGAAAGGUUAGAAAACCUGCAACAGGGGGCUUCAAUAGAUCGGUGAUUAGAAGAGUAUGCGGUUUUAACUAGUUGAAUGGAGUUCGAAGAAUAGCAAUCAAGACAUGUGAAGUCAAAUAGACGGCCCCUAGGGCACGCGUCAAAAACGUUAUGCAGGGGUCAAUCCGCUACACGCAAUGGUCCCCUUUCAUGUUUGCGGCUGCCACCUACAGAUGGAAGUCUUUGUCGGAUAAUAGCUAUGUAGAAGUUUUGCCGCCAUCCAUAAUGAUGACUUGAUUUAAUUUCCUGACCG